GGCACCUAUAAAUAAACUCCCCCAACACCUCUUUCACUUCAACCCAUCUAAACCACACCAUUCCUUUUUUCUCUCUAUUCCAUCAUGGCGUUUAAGAAAACCCUAGCACAGCGCCUCCUCAACAUCACCAAAAUCUCCAAUUACCGCAUUUCCUCCGCCGCCGUUCGUUCUCCCAAUCCGGCCAAACCUGACAUUGCUCCGGAUCCCGGAGAUAGCGGGAUCUUCCGCCGCUUUCUCCACAAGAGACCCGUCUUCUCGUCGGAGCUUCAACAGCCGGCUUCCGAUUCCAUCCUCCACCGCCUCCGGGAGAUGGACAUUGCACGGAGCCGGAUCCGGUUGGACGGACUCACUCCACCGGAGAAACGGGAAGUGGAGGCCAAAGAUGUGAAGAAGGUGCUCAGAGCCGUGCAAAUAGAAACAGUGAAAUCCAAGUUACGGAAAAUCCCGGAGAGUUGCAUAAGCUACUCGGAGUUCAUGCGAAUGUGCACGGAGGGUUGCUCCGAUCCGGAGCAAGCGAGGAACAUGGCGCAGAUGCUGGACGAUUCAGCCUCUGUUAUCAUCCUAGGCGAUGUCGUUUUCCUCCGACCUGAACAGGUAGCAAAAACCAUUCAGACUAUCCUUCCUAUACCAGCAGGAGAGAAGAUGAACGAGUCAGCAAGAAAAGAAUUGGAAGGAAUGGAGAAAAUUAAAGAAGCAAUUGACGAGAGAGCUAAGACUUUGGUUCGACGUGAACUGUGGGCUGGAUUGGGAUUCCUAUUGGCACAAACAUUAGGGUUCAUGAGACUCACAUUUUGGGAACUAACUUGGGAUGUGAUGGAACCAAUAUGCUUCUAUGUUACUUCCAUGUACUUCAUGGCUGGUUACACAUUCUUCCUCAGAACCUCCAAAGAGCCUUGCUUUGAAGGCUUCUACCAAAGCCGUUUCAGCAGCCAGCAGAAGCGCCUAAUCAAACUUCACAGUUUUGACAUUGCCAGGUACAAUGAGCUCAAGGCUGCUUUACCAUCGCCACCCUCCUCCGACGACCAGAUUCAUACAUCAUUUGUUAUUCAACCUAUUCAGCAAUUUCACAAAAAAUUGUAGUCACUACACAAUUACUAUCAUCCCUUCCCUCAUCCCUCCACCAAAUUAUGGGGAAUCACUCUCCGCUUUUCUUCUCGUAUUCGCUCCUUCUCAAAACAGAGACAAAACAAAAAGAUCAAAUAUAAAAAAAAAAAAAAUGCUUUAUGAUAAAGAUGACUUAGCAUUAGGUGCGGCUUGGUGUACAAUAUAUGCAGAGUGAUUUUUUUAAUUUUUCUUA